AUGGUUCGCAAGAAUUGCAAGAGAUCUCCGGCCAAAUCCAUCAGAGACCUCCGCAGCCACCAACGGCGGCGCCACCUCCACAACCGGAAAAGGAACGGCGGCGACGGUAAUGCCCCCAACAACGGCAAAGACGCUUCUUCCGCUUCCUGCUCAACCGCCCUCCUCUCCACCAUCAGCAGAAAGGCUUCGAGAUGCAAGAACCGCCUCAUCAGAAUCUUCUCCAAACUGGCCGCCUUCGUCGACACUCCCAAGACCGGCAGCCGCUACAGAGGCUACCAAAUGUUGAAGGACCGGCUGGGAGGGAGCCACGACGUCAUCGGAGCUGAAUGCUCUGUUCGCAAAAUCCUCUGUUUUGAAGACCCCUUGCCGCCGUCGAUCUCCCCCAGCAAGCCGACGGUGUUCCUCGACCUGGACGAGACCCUGGUCCAUUCCGUUGCCAACGACCCGCCGGCGAACUUCGAUUUCAUUGUCCGGCCGAGGAUCGGAGGCACCUGCGUCACUUUCUACGUCUUGAAGCGGCCGGGGCUGGAUGAAUUCUUGGAGGCUCUGGCGAAGAAAUUCGAGCUCGUGGUGUUCACCGCCGGAUUGGAAGAGUACGCUUCCAUGGUUUUGGACAAUGUGGACAGGAAGAAGCUGAUUUCUCACCGGCUUUACCGCGAUUCGUGCAAUCAGGUGAACGGGAUGUAUGUGAAGGACUUGUCGAGGACUGGGAGAGAUUUGACCAAUGCAGUGAUCGUUGAUGAUAACCCCAACGCCUAUUUGCUUCAGCCGGAGAAUGCGAUUCCGGUGAGGCCCUUUGUCGAUGAUCUUUGGGAUGCAGAGUUGGCGAAGCUUGGGAAGUUUUUCGAUGGCUGUGAUGGAUUUGGUGAUAUUAGGGAUGCUGUGAAGAUGUAUGUUAGUAGUGGAAGAAAUGAGGCCGGUGAAGAUAUGGCGAUUUCAUAG